AUGACACAUUCAAGCAAUUCCCGCCCUCUAAAGGUCGAGAUCAUCUCAAUCGUAUUCCUGGUCGUCUCCUGGAUCGCUGUCCUCUUACGGUGUUAUGUCCGGCGAUGGAUUUCGAGGGCUUUCCGGAUUGAUGACUGGCUCAUGUUAUUAUCUGUGAUACUGUACUCCGUCUAUACUGCCUUAAAUCUCGUCGCAUUACACGCCGGUCUGGGACGGCAUACUGAAGAUGUACCACAGCAAGUCCAGAUCCAGGGACAUAAGUGGUCGGGUUUUGGGGCCCUACUCUACAUCAUCCUGAUGGCUAUUAUCAAAUGCAGUCUUGCGACUUUCCUUCUACGGAUCGUCAUUGAGAGGGCAUAUCGAUUGACCAUCUAUGCCUCAAUGGCGAUAGUGGUAAUAUACUCACUUGUAAUCUUCUUCUAUAACCUCUUCCUCUGCCAUCCUAUGGAGUUUUUAUGGAACCGCACAAUCGAAGGCGGUACCUGUGCUCCGGGCGCCCUUGUCUCUGGGUAUGCCUUGUCAGCGUUGGCUAUUGUGUCGGAUUUAUUUUUUGCACUGCUUCCAGUUCCAUUGAUCUGGACUAUCAAGAUGAACAUAAGGACCAAGAUUUCUGUGUUUGGAGUUCUCUCCUUCGGCAUCGUUGCCAGCAUCGCUACUAUCGCACGGCUUGGAACCCUUAUUAAUAUUAACAACAAUAGUGAUUAUCUUUAUUAUAUAACAGAUACUCUGAUUUGGACUACCCUUGAAAUCUCCCUCGCGAUAAUCGGCGGUUCAAUUGCAACGCUUCGUCCUUUGAUGAAGGCCCUACGGAUUAAGGGCUUCAUGAGCAGUGGGGGGACUAAUACGGGUGGCGCAUACUUUGAUACGCGGGAUUGUCGGCCUUUGCCACUGGGUUCGCUCAGGGGACCUCCAGAUCAAUGUCUACGGAGCGACACCACAAUGGAUGUCGAAAAUCAAUGGCAAAACCGCGCGGUUAUCCAGGCUGAAAGUUGCGAUGCGAUGUCAAGGACAGGGAGCGAAGAGAUGAUUCUCGAGGGGGAUGGAAUCAAGGUGACCACAGGCGUCACGGUUACAAAUGUGAAAAAUUAA